CACAUUCUGUUCAUAUUAUUCUAUAAAUAAAUUAUAAAUCAUUUUAAUGGUAUAAAAUGAGAAUUUGAUUUUUUUGUACAUUAUAUAAAAUAAAUAAUUUAAUAAUGCGCGUAAUAUAUAUGUGUAUAAAUUUAUUGGUCAGCAUAUUAUCAUUGACUCGUGGGAGUGAACUCGAUUAUGAUAGUUCGUUACAUUUAAGAUUAUGGCAUGCAUUUAAUGAUGAGCCAGAGCCCGCUUUUAUAGAACGAGGUAACAUUACAGUGUCAAGUGUUCGUAGCGGUGCCUCCGCUAUUGGACAAAAUGGAUUAUUACAAACUCAUAUAGGUCAGUUAAAAAAUCUUGCCAAAUAUGAUGGUAAAUAUAGACUUCACGUAGUAGCCCGUACCUCUUCAGGAAAUGAAGUAACAUUUUUAACUUCUAUACCAGCGUGCUAUCUUCUCGGUUCUGAUCUUGAAGAUCUUAUAACAAUUUGGUUGGAUAGUACAGCGGAGCCAAUAGCUGUAAGCUUGUCAUCACCUGGUCCUUGUAGCACAGAAAAUCCAUUUACAAGCAUGUGGACAACUAAUGUAGUUAUUAAAUACCCUGAUGGUGGGCCAAUUCCAGAUACUGCUACAUAUAUAAGUGAUGAAAGAGGAGAGGCAAAAGAUAAUAGAUCGUUCCUUGCAAGAUAUUGGAUAUACGUUGUUCCUGCAUUGAUCUUCGUUGCAUUAACAGCAGCAGCAAAUCCAGAAGCUGGAGCAGCAGGUGGUAGUGCCCAAAGAUAGUAAUUUAUAGUGUAUGUGGUGUCUC